AUGAAUAAAUUAUUGCUCAUAAUUCUAAAUUGCUGUUUGGGUAGUUUAUUUAUGGGGUUCUGUUUGGGGCAGAUGAAUGUGAUUAGCACAGAUGUAUAUAAUGUGUAUAAAAUCGAUGAUACUUUUACCAAAGGUCUGAUGCAAUCCUUAUUAACCAUAGGAGGAGGGGUAGGUUCCAUAUCAGCAUCAAUAUUGAUGGGCUUGUUUUCCAGAAGAAGGAGUCUGUAGAUAACUGAUCUCUUUGGGAUUAUGGCCAUAAUGAUGGCAUUCAUUGAUUAAAGCAAAUAUGCUCUUCUGGCUUCUCGUUUCUUUGUGGGUGUUGUAUUAGGACUUAAUGGAGUUCUAGUACCUGUAUAUAUAAACGAGAUGGCGCCAAAAGAGAAGGCAGGGUUUUUGGGGACAAUGAAUCAAUUGUUUAUUACUUUAGGAAUAUUGUUUACAUUUUUGAUGUCCUACUUCUAAGACAUUUCAUUACCAAUCCCUUUUUACAAGUUGAUGCUCUAUCUGCCUAUUAUCCCUUGCAUAGUAAGAGCAAGUGCCUUGUCGACUGUGUUUAAGUAUGAAACACCUGUAUACUGUGUCAAACACCAUUUGAACCAGUAAUUACAUAGAGUGUUGGAAAUGAUAUACAAUGAAAAGGGAGAGAAAAUGUACGAUUAAUUUUAAUCAUAAUAAAAAUCGACUGAGAGGAGAAUCACUUUCAAUCAAUUGUUUUCAUCCAAGUAUAGAUUUCGUUUGUUCAUUGGAAUUUCUCUUGCCUCCUUACAACAGUUGGGAGGUAUAAAUGGUAUUAUGUUCUAUUCUUCUUCAAUAUUUGAUUAAGUGACUGGCCAAGCAUCUCAAAAGGUGUUUUAUUUGAAUUUAAUCGUUGGCUUUAUUGGAGUAUUUACAGCCUUAUUAGCUACUGUAAUAAUCGAGUAAUUUGGCAGAAAGCCCAUUUUAAAGUAUGGAGCCCUAUUGUGUUUUAUAAGUUUAUUGAUGUUAACAUUUGUCAUGUCGAAUAGUGUAGGGAAUACACCAUUUGGAUAGUAUUCAAUUGUGAUUUGUAUAUUCUCCUACCUAUUCGGCUUUGGAUUCUCCUUGGGCCCUUUGCUGUUUAUUUAUUUAACUGAAAUAUUACCAGACUUAGGAGUGAGUGCCAGUGGUUUGAUGAAUUGGAUGUCUGGGGGAUUGGUAGCCUAGAUGUUCCCAAUUAUUGCCUCAUAUGACAUCUCGUAUUGCUUUGCCUUGUUUUCCAUGUUUAAUUUUUUAGCUUACUUGAUUAUCCAAUAUAAAGUGAUUGAAACGAAAGGAUUAGAUAAGGAAACUGUUGACAAAUAUUUUGAAAAUCAAAAGUUUGAUUACAUACCUUAUUAGGAGGCUUACCAAGAAGAAAGAUUUCGUUGA